CUGCCUUUCACAGGGCAGGUUUAUUGGCCCACCACCCUCCAUCUUUCCCAAUUCAUUCUGAGUCUUCACUGAGCAAAUCGGAACCAAACCCAACCAUGACUAUGUCUACCACCAUCUGCGACUCGCCGACGUCCCGCCACCCGGUGAUUGCACCAAGACAUCCGACCCCUUCCUUUUCAAUGAUUUCGGCCCUGCCACGGAGUCAUUGACGGCUUUGUCCAACCCCUGGGUGCCACAGGACUGUCCCAGACUCUCAGCGGCCUACCUCAGGUAUCACACAUCGGCCACAUGUUACCCCACAUUUGGGACGCUCACAACAAUGGCAACUCAACAAUCGCCCCUGCCAGCCGGGCCCGGAAGUCAAAGCCCGCCGAUCAAAUCAUGCACAGCCCACCCAAUCCCCGACGCCGUCCUACGCAGUGUCUAUGCCUCCGACCAGGCCAUGUACCCGGUCUCGCUGCCCUACACUACGCUACGCGCCUGGGUCGACGCGUGUCCAGACCUGGCCAUCGGCUUCUCCCGAGAGGGCGACGGGCCUGGAGCGGCGGCUGCGGUGGCUCAGGUCGCGGGAGUGGUGAUCGUACUGCCAAUCACGAGAAUCUACUGGGAGGAUCUGCUUCAGGGCAGGUUGAAGGAGGCGGAUGUUGAUUCAAGGACGAUGUUUCCCAGGCCUGGUGGCGGUGGCGGUGAUCAGGGCGAGGAGGCGGAAAGGGAGGAGGUUGGGUUGCAUGUCUACCACGUUGAGCGGUAUGGCAAUGCAGACUUAUGCCUUGGAGAGGGAGAAGCAGGGGAAAGAACAGGGUAUCUGAAGUAUGCACUUAAAGAGGUAGUGAGGCGGGUGCAAGCGAGGUUUGACUGGAAAGUGGUUGGGAUAUCAGCACUCACUGCCACACCUGCCGGGAAGAGGGCGUUUGAAAGACUAGGAUUCACCCCGACGGGUUACAGAGAGCUAUUUGUUACAAAAGGUGCAGGAGAAGGGUCUGCCGACGGAAUGGGGGACCAGGUGUUACAGACUCGGAUGAUUUGCCACUAUCCUGAUGAUGAGGAAGACCCCGUCUUAGCCGGCGGUGCGGCCAUCACUUCAACGUCUGAAAUGACUGUAAUGUAUGGCAAUCUUUCCGAUGUGAUGUAGACAAAGGGGGUAAACCAUAAGAUCAUCCUCAUCGGCUUCUCCGGCAACCCCUCCACCUAGAAUUGGGCAGCGUUCUUCUAUCUGCUAUGGCGUUCCCAGCAUUAGGAGAAUGAGC